UUGUCAAUUGCUGAUUUAUUUCUGCUUCCCGCCGCUGGCUACUCUUUCCUUCACCGCGGAUGUUGAAGCUGACUAUUACCUGGAAAACAAUCUGGUCCACAGUCGCAGUGGUUGUUAAGGCCCUUCAUUUCUACACAUCUGUAGUGCUUUAAAUACAGCACAGAAGGUGCAAAGCUGACAGAAGCAGUCCAAGCUGACGGCAACAGCAUGGAAGAAGAAAUAAUAACGACCGAGGCGGCAAGUGAAGAUGUGGUGCCCAAUGAUGAAGAGCCUAGUGUAGACAUUUCCAAUGACAGUCCAUCUAAAAGAGGAAGGGGAAGGCCAAAGAAGCUGAAGGUUGUACUUACCGACGUCAACCUAAUGGUUUCGGACAUUUCUAACGGUGAACCCCCACAGACCCCGAGAGGAAGAGGACGUCCAAAACUCAUUAAACCCACAAAACUCAUUAAACCCACAGAGCAGCAAGGAUCAGGAGAGAACAAUGCAGAUGAUUCAGGGUCCCAGAAAGAGGCCAGUGAUGAAGACGACGCUUCACUAGAACAUUCUCCUAAGAAAAGAGGCCGGCCACGUAAGUCUCUCAGCACCCCUGCAAAGGCUGAUACACCGAAGGGAAAUAGGGGUCGACCAAAAGGAUCCACGAAGCGCAAGUCGGAGAGUCCGAGUGAAACGGGCUCUCCCAAUAGGUCCAGGAAGGUGGAGGCAGCAUCAAAUGGCAUCUCAAAGAAGUUGAGGGAAAGCCCCAGAAAAAGUAUUGAACAGGAGAGCGGAGAUGAAAAGAGGGGAAGGGGUAGACCAAAAAGCUCUCCAAACAAGAAACCCCCUGCAUAUAAGGUGCCAGUUAAGGUAGGCCGCGCCAAAAAAGGGAUUGGUCGACCAAGAAAAGAACCGACCACAAGAGGAAGACCAAGAAAAUACCCCCGGCCGACACCAGAGGAGCUGAAUAAGCCACGAGUAUGGAAGCCGCUGGGAAGGCCCAGGAAAUACCCGCGUCCCGACCCUCCUGAGGAGACUUCACCGGCCCCUCCCAGAAACCGUGGCCGACCUCGCAAGAUAGAAUCCAAUAAAGGCGCUCACCUAUGUAAGAAUUUCCCUGCCUCUUCUUCACCACCUAAACCCUAUGUUGGACCCCCGAGAAAAAGGGGCCGUCCCCCAAAAAGUGAUGCUGAAACCCCACGGAAAUUGGGCCGCCCUAAGGGUUCAAUCAACAAAAAUAAAGCCACAAGUGAAUUAGAAGCCACACUCUCCAACGAGGCAGAUGAAGAACAGGAAGAGGAAGAGGAAGUGCAGCAGAGCGCAGAGACGUCCAUCGAGGACAUCACUGAAUAAUCGAUCAGGCGGCCAGCUUUGAAGUCACGAACCAGGCCAGAUGAACAAUCCCGGUCCGACCAAAAAGUUGCUGUAGUACUUGCUGCUUAAAACAUAGAAGACAAACCUGUCAAUGAAUCCUGUUUCAGUGUUUCCCCUAGGUUUACUGCUUAGGGGGGGUGCUGCCUGAGCGGGGG